AUGUGGCAGUGUUGGUCAGUGGCAUGGCUUGCAGGACUGUUACCUUUGGUUUCAUGCCUUUUCCUGGGCGCUGCUCCCGACGAAGGCGAUGUCGGCCAUUUAUAUCCGAUUACACAGAUAGCAAUAGGGUUUGAUAGUCACACGCACGUUAUUCCGUACGUCCUUGGUUGGCUAGAGAACAUCGAAUAUCCGAAAAGACGAUUGCGAGUCCUGCUUUACAUCGUGAGCAAGGACGACGCUGCGGAAGAUCAAAUUUCGGAGUCAGUUUUGCCUAUGUUGGUGAAUGUUGAUUUAAUAGAUUCUUCUUACCUUACAUUCGAUGCAGAUAAUAUUCCGUACUAUGACGGCAGUGUCGAUCCUCUUAAGGUUUUUACCGAAUCGGCAAGAAGAAUGGAUAUCGAGUUAUGGAUUGAUAAUCUGAAGUAUUAUGGUUUAUAUAUCGACGAAGCAUUGGAACUUGAUGCGAGACGAAGAGCAAUUCGUUACAUGCUGGCUGAUUUGAUUGCGGAUGGUCUGCAUCUUCCAAUUCCAUCACAUACGCGUCGACCAGAACGAAGAGCAAAAAUGGAAAAAAUUUUUAAAGUUUUAGGAAUUAAUGCCACUUAUUGGGAAGCAACUGAUGGUCGAAAUCUUUCAUCUGAAUAUCCGUAUCGUGUCCUUCCCGGAUAUCUUGAUCCCUUCCACCAAAGACCUAUUAAGACUGGCGAAAUUGGCUGUUUUUUAAGCCACUACAGGAUUUGGGAAGAAGUCCUAAAGCUUGGCCUUCGACGAGUGGUCGUAUUCGAGGACGAUUUGCGGUUUGCAAACAAUGGACUUGAAAGAAUUAGAGAAGCGUUGGAAGAUCUCGACACUUCCAAAUUGGAUUGGGAUCUCAUUUACUUGGGCCGGAAGAAACAAGCCGAUCAGGAAGAGGUAUGGGUGCCAUAUCAUCGACAUCUCAGCACCGUCGGGUAUUCGUACUGGACUCUCGGUUACAUGUUAUCAGCAGAAGGAGCCCAUCGGCUGUUGGAUGCGAAGCCAUUGAUGAAUUUACUACCUGUUGACGAAUAUUUUCCAAUAAUGUUUGACAAACAUCCCAAUAAGGUAAGUGUUUCAAGUCCUCAGUUUAAUGUAGUAUUUGGUUAUCUUAUUCGUUUCUGGGCAGACCAUUCGUUUUUCCUUUCAGAGCCUCUUCUUGUAUAUCCUUUACAUAAAACUAUUACAAUUUCGCAGUUGACCGCACAUAAUCCUUCAUCUAUCAUCUUUCAUGUUCAAUGUUGCCAUUUUUUAUAUAACAGAACAUAG